GCUCAGGCUGAGAGACGCCCUGAAGUGUGUCUGCCUGAGCGCAGCCUUCUCCUUGGCGUGGUACAUCAGCUUCCACAGGACUGGAGCAAAGCAACUGUAUCUUGGUAGGACUCUGUCCCUCGGACACGCCGCGAACUUGAAAGUCCAAAUGUGGGUUUGUUUCAAGGAAGGACCGCGCAACACUUUUGUUCAGUUGCAGAUACAGUACUUUUACAUCCAAGCUUCAGUUGGCUUUCCCAUCAAAAUCUAAAUGACGUCCAAGUACGAUUACAUGGAGUGGAAAGUUCUGAACCUUUCCAGCAAACUCUCAAUACAUCCUACAACUAUUUCCUACUAUCUGCCUCAUCUACAGAAAAAUGAAGACGCUAUUUACCCAAAAAUCAUAACUGGGCAGAGCAGAACUGGGGUAUUCCUAGUAAUUGGUAUAUCAUCAGUGCGAAGAAAAAAGGAAAGUUAUUUGAUGAGUACAUUGAAUUCCCUUUUCAAUGGAAUGUCUAUAUAUCAGAAGAAAAAUUGUGUGAUAAUUGUCCUUAUAGCAGAGGUGAACUCAACAUACGUUAAUAGCAUUGUGGGAAGCAUUAAAAAAAGCUUUCCAAAUGAAGUUCAUUCUGGUGCUCUGGAAGUUAUUUCUCCCCAUGAAUCCUUUUACCCUGACUUCUCCAAUCUUAAGGAAACAUUUGGGGAUUCAAAAGAAAGAGUAAGGUGGAGAACAAAACAGAAUUUGGAUUACAGUUUCUUAAUGAUGUAUGCCCAACAAAAAGGAACAUAUUAUUUACAGCUAGAAGAUGAUAUUGUGGCUAACCCUCGCUAUUUAUAUACAAUAAAUUACUUUAUUGAACAAAAGUUAUCACAGGAAUGGAUAGUUCUUGAGUUUUCUCGGCUUGGGUUUAUUGGAAAAUUAUUCCGAUGCAAAGACUUACCACUGAUAGUAGAAUUUUUUUUAAUGUUCUACAAAGAUAAACCAAUUGACUGGCUACUAGACCACUUAAUUUCGGUUAAAGUUUGUAAUCCAGAGAAAAAUGGAAAAGACUGUGAAAGCCGGAAGUCUAAUUUACGCAUCCGUUAUAAACCAUCACUUUUUCAACAUGUGGGAUUUCAUUCUUCUUUAACUGGAAAAACACAGAAGUUGAGAGAUGAAGAUUUUGUCAAAACAUCAUUAUUUAAGAAACAUAUCAAUCCUCCUGCAAAAAUGAAAACAAGCUUAAAAGUAUUUCAGCAGUUUACUCUAGAAAAGGCUUACAAUGGACUAGAAAUAUUUUGGGCUUUUGCUCCUAAAGCAGGAGAUUAUAUUUUGUUCAAUUUUGAGGAACCAUUGAAAAUAAUAAGAUAUUUAAUUAGAAGUGGAAAUUCUGAGCAUCGUAAAGACAUAUUGUUUAAUGCUACUGUAGAAGUUUUACCUAGUAAGGAUAUUAAUUUACAGACUGUAAGAAACAGUGCAAACAACAUUAACAUCAUAAAAACUUGGGAUGGAUUUUUUCAGAUAGAUAACUUUGAAGAUGGAGUAGCAGAAGGUGCCGUUCCCCCAUUUUUAGGAAACAUAAAAGCUUUACGUUUGUUUAUCCAUUCUAGUUCUUCCAAAUGGGUAUUACUAAGCGAGGUAUUUAUACAGACCUGAAAUAAAGAAUAACAGACUUCUUUGAGAUUUUGAAAAUCUAAAAGCAGUAUGGAAACACGGCCAUCUAGUGGUAGCAAGAAAAUUAUCAACAAUAGAAUGCUAUUUUCUUCCUAAUACCGUACUGUGUGGUGGGACUAAGAGAGAGGUUAAUUACGUUAUGCAUAGAGAAUAUUGACUUAUAUUACUUUUGAAAUAAAUGAAAUUAAUGUAAUAAUUAUAAUUUAUUGCCAACAAGCUCUUUAUUAAAAUGUUUAACUUGUCUGAACAAAAAAGGCUAUACUUCUGUACAAACAUAAUAGAAGAAAAUGUUGUUAUAGACAACAGAAUUUAUGAAUAAAUGCACAUCUAUAUACCAGCUUUAAAACUACAGGUGAACAAAAGCAUAGUAGAUUAGCAAUACAUCAAAACAAAUAAAAAUGACAUACUUUUA